CCUCUACAACUUGACUGUGAUCUCUGUGCCAUUGUUUCCAACUCGGGACAGAUGGCUGGCCAGAAGGUGGGAGCCGAGAUAGACAAGUCUUCCUGCAUAUGGAGGAUGAACAAUGCUCCCACAAAGGGCUAUGAGGAGGAUGUUGGGAAGAGGACAACCGUAAGAGUGGUCUCUCACACAAGCGUGCCUCUCCUACUCAAGAAUCCCGAGUACUUUUUCAAAGAAACCAACACCACUGUUUAUGUGAUCUGGGGGCCUUUUCGAAACAUGAGGAAGGAUGGAAGUGGGAUUGUGUACAACAUGCUGAAGAAAACUGUUGACAGCUACCCAACUGCCAAAAUCUAUGUGACAACGGAAAAACGCAUGAGUUACUGUGAUGCAGUGUUUAAGAAGGAGACAGGAAAAGACCG